AUGGCUGGUGGUGUGAUCUCUUCUAGUAACACAAAAGCUUAUCCUGGUGAACUCACACGCAAGGUACUAAUAACAUGUUUAGUGGCGGCCUGUGGCGGUCUGAUUUUCGGCUACGACAUAGGAAUAUCCGGCGGUGUGACAUCAAUGACGCCGUUUCUGAAAGAAUUCUUCCCUGAUGUUUACAAAAAGCAGUUGGAAGUUAAAGACUCUAGCAACCAAUAUUGCAAGUUUAAUAGUGCAACAUUGACCAUGUUCACAUCAUCCUUGUAUUUGGCUGCACUUUUGGCAUCUUGUGUUGCAUCCUAUGUAACCAAGGCUUGGGGGCGGAAAAUCUCCAUGCUCACCGGCGGUAUCACCUUCUGCGUUGGAGCGUUGUUGAAUGGCGCUGCGGUGUCUGUCUGGAUGCUUAUUGUGGGUCGGAUUCUUCUUGGUAUUGGGAUAGGGUUUGCUAAUCAGUCAGUGCCUCUAUACCUCUCAGAGGUUGCUCCUUACAAGUGGCGUGGCGCAUGCAACGUGCUGUUUCAGCUCUCGAUUACCAUCGGGAUUCUAGUCGCAAAUGCUGUAAACUAUGGAUUCGCCCAGAUCAAGGGCGGAUGGGGCUGGCGCUUGAGUUUAGGUGGCGCUAUUGUCCCCGCUAUAAUCUUCAUCAUCGGCUCUUUAACACUCGCGGAUACCCCAAACUCCCUUAUCCAACGCGGAAAACUUGAAGAAGCCAAAGAGAGACUACUAAAAAUCCGCGGUGUUGAUAAUGUGGAUGAAGAGUUUAACGAUCUCGUUGAAGCAAGUGAACAAUCUAAAAGGAUUGAAAGCCCAUGGUUGAAUCUUUUGAAAAGGAAAUAUAGACCACAAGUAUUUUUCGCGAUUAUUAUUCCGUUCUUUCAACAGCUAACUGGCAUGAAUGUGUUCAUGUUUUACGCUCCGGUUUUGUUUAAAACCAUGGGGUUUGGAGACAAUGCGUCGCUUCUUUCCGCUCUCAUCACUGGCGCCGUUAACUCAUUAGCAACUCUCGUUUCGAUAUCAUUGGUUGAUAAGUUUGGAAGAAGGUUUUGGUUUCUUGAAGGGGGCCUUCAAAUGUUAGUUAUGCAGGUUGUUAUAACGAUUGCGAUCGGUUACAAGUUUGGGAUAAAUGGAAACCCGGGGGAGCUUGAGAGCUGGUACUCGAUUCUGGUAGUUUUAGCCAUUUGCAUAUACAUAGCCGGGUUUGCGUGGUCUUGGGGCCCGUUGGGUUGGCUCGUGCCUAGUGAAAUCUUUCCACUCGAGAUCCGAUCUUCAGCGCAAAGCGUUACGGUUGGGGUUAACAUGAUCUUCACUUUCUUUAUUGCACAAAUCUUCCUCCAAAUGUUAUGUGCCUUGAGGUUUGGGUUGUUUAUAUUCUUUUUGUGUUGGGUGGUGGUGAUGACGAUCGUUAUAUACCUUUACUUGCCAGAGACGAAGGGGAUUCCGAUCGAAGAGAUGGCCGGAAUCUGGAAGGAACACUGGUAUUGGAAAAGAUUUGUUCCGGUGGGUGAUGUAGAAAUGGGUGAAGUUAAGGACACAAACAAGGAUGAAGGAUGUUAA